CCGACCAUCAAAUGUAUUUAUUUGUGUUCGUGAUGUUUUAACAGCCGAUUCCUCUUCAAACCACAUCAGCUGCGGUGAGUCACACUGCCGGAAGUACAACGGGACACCCGCUAGACUAAAAGCCUAGAAACGAAGGUGACGGUAGGACGUUUUAAUAUUUUUGCCUUUUUUAUCAGUUGUUAACAUGUCUAUUGUGUGUACAAACGUCAAUGUCAGUAGCUAAUUGGACGAGGACUAAACGCGAGACAAUACAGGGUUUGUUAUGUAUUUUAUAUAUAUAUUUAAAACCUUAAGUGUGGUUACUUUUUCUAUGGUGGGUUUUAUUUUGAAAUUCUCAAAGCGGAUGUCUGAACGUCCUCCGCGCUGUGGUUUGCAGUUGAAUUGGAUCGGUCCGGUCUUUUUCUCGGUCUUGGCCGGAGCUCAGAGCGGUGCUUUGCCGCCUCCCUUUUCUCCUCCCCCGGACUGAUGGGCCGCGAAGAGCCGCUGAUGCUCAGCAGAGACGCGGAGGAGGUGUCGUUUACCCCCGGGUGGACGAAUGUGACUGCGGUACCAAACAGUUGAACUGGAUCUCGGUGGAGGGCGGAUGGAACUCGUGAGCGUACUCCCAGUGGAGGAAGGAAAGUGACGCACCGGCGUUUUUUUUCUUUUUAUCUGUUUUUUUUACAAUGUCAUCAUCAAGGAGACGAAGCUGAGGCGGUGGAUCCUGUGCUGCUCCCGCCGCUCUCAGAUGACGAAGGACCGAACCGGACCUUCUCGUUAGUUCUGAGCAGGGUUUGCGGGGGCUGGGGGCGGCGCAGGGCUGCGUGUCAGGACUGUCAGUGGGUGAGAAGCGGUCAUAGGUGGAGGGGCAUCAUCAGCAUCAUCAUCAGCAGCAGCAGCAGCAGCGGUAGAGGCGGUUAAGCUUCGGCCUUAGGAGGAUGUGAAGAUGGGCUCAGUGUUAGGUUUCCUGUGCCUCCUCAUCGGCUUCCUGCGGGGCAUGCACGGGCAGGGCGUGUAUGCGCCGCCUACAGUGCAGAUUGUGCACUCAGGUCAUGCCUGCAACGUGGAGGAGGAGCGCUACAGUGAGAGGGUCUACACCAUUAAAGAGGGAGAGACGCUGGAGCUCAAGUGUCAUGUGACGGGACACCCACGACCACAGGUUCGCUGGACAAAGACUGCAGGUGGAGCCUCAGAUCGCCAUAGUAACUCCUCUGUGCUCAAUGACACCCUUAAGAUACAAAAUAUCAGCCGCCACCAGGGGGGGCGCUACUACUGCAAGGCUGAAAACGGACUGGGUUUACCGGCCAUACGGUCCAUACGUGUGGACGUCUACUAUCUGGACGUCCCUCACAUCUCGGUCCAUCAGAGCGUUGGAGAAUCUAAGGAGCAGUUUUAUUUUGAAAGGACGGUGUUCCUCCGCUGCAUCUCCGACUCCAACCCUCCUGUUCACUACAGCUGGAAGAGGAACAAUCAGCUGCUGACGCAGAACGCCGACCCUGGGGUGGAGAUCUAUGAACCCUUUUUUACACAGGGCGAGACAAAGAUCCUUAAACUGAAGAACCUUCGUCCUCAGGACUAUGCUGACUACACUUGCAUAGCCUCCAUCAGGAAUGUCUGCGGCAUCAGGGACAAGAGCGCCCACUUCAGACUGAGCAACAACACAGCUUCUCCCUCCAUUAAACUCCUGGUGGAAGACCCCCUGCUGUUGAACCCAGGAGAGACCCUUACUCUGAAGUGUGUGGUGGUAGGCGGAGACCCGUACCCGGUAUUGUCCUGGGUGAAGUCUGGAGACGUAGCGCUACCUGUGAGGAGCUUGGUGGAAGCUGGGAUCCUGACCAUCCCCGCCGUCACCGUUGACGACAGCGGUGUCUACACCUGCGUGGCUGCCAACAACGUGGGGAACACUGCGAAGAAAUCCACCACAGUGCUGGUCAGAGGUCUCCGUAAAGGUCGGUUCUGGAUCACACCUGACCCGUAUCACAAUGACGAUCACAUCCAGAUCGGCCGCGAAGUUAAGAUCAGCUGUCAGGUGGAGGCCACGCCCCCGGAGGAGCUGCAGUUCAGCUGGAUGAAGAAUGGACGCUUAUUACGCAGCUCAGAGCGAAUGGUCAUCACACACAGUGACAAAGAGGCCACGCCCACCACCACCACCAACCUGGACAUUAUCGACCUCAAGUUCACAGACUUUGGCACCUACACCUGUGUGGCCUCAUUAGGGGGCGGAGCCAGCCCCGAGAUCAGCAUUGAUGUGAAUAUUUCCUCCACCACAGUUCCUCCAGAGCUCUCUGUCCCCAGGGGGCGCUCUCACCUCAUUGUUCAGGAGGGAGACAAUGUAGACCUACAGUGUCUGGUCUCUGGGAAACCCAAACCCAUCAUCCUGUGGUCUCGGGUGGAGGAGAGCGGCUCGGCGGGGGAUCUAAUGAUAGACGCGGAGGCUCAGACCGAGAGCUACGACGGCAUCCUGAGGCUCAGCAACGUGAGCAGAGACAUGAGCGCAACGUACCGCUGUCAGACCAGUCAGUACAACGGCUUCAACAUCAAACCACGAGAGGCACUCAUCCAGCUGGUGGUGCAGUUCCCCCCGGUGGUGGAGCCUGUCUUCACAGAGGUGCGUCAGGCUCUGGGUCGAGCCUUCAGCCUGACCUGUCGUCUCCUGCGAGCUCAUCCCGCACGUCUCCUCAGGUACGAGUGGAAGCUGGGCUCCCGCCUGUUGACGGUGGGCCAGUUGGGCGAGCAGCAGGACGACAGCAGCUACCACGUCCGUGCCCUGAACAGGGAGGGCUACGGCGAGUACACCUGUGACAUCACCAACGACGCCGGGGCUGGUCGCUGCACCUUCCUGGUCACAGGGAAGGCCUAUCCUCCAGAGUUUUACUACGACACCCACAGUGCUCUCUGGCAGAUCCAGAACCAACCCCGAGUCUAUGGCUUCAAGCUGCAGUGGACACAGAUGGAACCCAAUGGUGUGGACCGAAUCCUGGCCUACAGACUGGGCAUCAGACAGGUGGGUCUGUCACGCUGGUGGGAGCAGGAGAUUCCCAUUGAGGGAAAUAUCCAGAAGGGGGAGCUGUUGACCUACAAUUUGACAGCUUUGGUUAAACCUGAGUCUUACCUUGUUCGACUCACGCCUAUCACCCGCUACGGAGAAGGAGACGACACUGAACGCACCAUCACAUACAGUGCUCCUGUAAAUCCACAUCUCAGGGAAUUCCAGUGUGGUUUUGAAGAUGAGGCCAUGUGUUUUUUCUCUCAGGACCAAACAGAUGAUUUUGAUUGGACACGUCACAGCGCCUCCUCUGGAACUAUUAAGUACACACCGAACACUGGACCCAAGUCCGACCACAGUGGCUUCUACAUGUACAUUGAGACAUCUCGGCCACGGAAGGACGGAGACAAAGCUCGACUCUUGUCAACCACCUUCAAUAUGAACAAGAAUAUUAACAGCGCCACCUACUGCUUAGCCUUCUUCUACCACAUGUAUGGAAAACACAUAGGAGCCCUGAACGUGUUCCUACGCCAGAAAAAUCCAACAGCCACAGAAACAUCUGUCUGGAGUUUAACCGGAAACCAAGGCAACCAAUGGAGACAAGCCAAAGUCAACAUCCACCCAACCUCUACUUUCCAGGUAGUGAUGGAGGGUGUGCGAGGCGCUGGUAUCGAGGGAGACAUCGCCAUUGAUGAUGUCACCAUUGAAGAGGGCGAAUGUAAAAACCUGCCCCCCAACAAUCUGAGGUCUCUGGCUCCGCCCCUUUCCCUUCAUAUAUGGCAGCUGAGCCUCUCCCUGAGUCUGUUUCUGAUUGGCCAGCAGAGAUGACCCCUCCCAACACUGUAGGUGCCAUACUGCAUCCUUUUACUGCCCUAAUAUUCAGAUGUUGGAUCUUUGCCCCCACCUUCAGAAAUAACCCCUCGCUGCUGCAGUGAGGUUUGUUUACAAAGUCUAAAGCUCAAGUUUAGCAGUGGGACCUGGUGGGAAAUGGAAUUUUCAUCAGGAAAUGAAGGUUUAUUUGUAUUAUGUCAAGACUGAUGGAGCCAAAGGGGGGGGGGGGAGGGGGAGUUUAAGUUCAAAGUUCAACAACAAGCUCUUGAUAAAAGUUUUAAACUUAAAUGUUCAGCAGUGUGAUGAAAUGAAUCCUUCUAGAGAGUGUGUGUUGUAGAGGGGCGGAGCCACAUCCACUAGCAUAGCUCGUCUACAGGCAGAUCUUCAUGGCUGUGACGGAAUACACAUUAAUGGUGAAAGAAUAUGAAAUAUACACAAUAGCAAAUAGGAGAGCGCCUCCACCUGGCCAACUCACACAAGCACCACUGUUUAUCACCUGAUAACACGCCAUGUUCCAGUUGUUGGGCCACAAAAAACAACAACAUGCAGUAAAUAUCCCAGAAACCACUGCGGGUGAGGAAAUUGCGAGGAAACAAAUGUGGAAGGGAUAUGAUCAGAGUCAACUUCUCAGUCCAUAAAAUCCUUAAAUUGAGAGGAGGUGGGAGUAUCUGGGAUUUAUCACACACCCUACUGUAGGGUAGAUCAUCCAACAUAACUACAUGUUAGACUUCCAGGGGUCUGCAGUUGGAGCAGCAGCAUCUCGCCCCCUGUGGGUGUGGUGGGGUGCAGCAGCUCUCGACACGAGACGUAGAUAAUCGCUCUAAUUCUCUGUGAGUCUUGACUCCUUUUUCACCAGUCAUAAACUCCACCUUUAUCACCACCGUAAUUAGGCUCAACUUGUACGUCACCUCCUCAGCUCCACCUCGGCACUGCCGCCUUAAAAGCCCUGCCCCCUCUCUGCAGAUCAGAAGUACUGUAUCUGACUUCAACAGACUAAUGUCCGCACUCUUUUUCACCAGUGGGCGUGUAAACAGUUUACAGUGGGCAGUGUGUUUUUUAAGAUCUUAUAAAACCUUAUUUUGAUGCACCUGUUCAUCCUCUGCUGUGACAUCAAGUGCCUUCAGACUCAAGACGAAAAAUGACGCCACGACGAGUCAUAACACAUUUGACAGUGUGAAUACACAGAGAGAACUGGUUUUUUAUUUUUAUUUUCGGACAUUUAAAAAAAAAGUGUCUGUAGAGUCAUGUAUCCAGGAGAUGCAGUAACAAAGAAGCCAUGGAGAGUUUGAUCACAGACAGUAAAAGAACUCAAAAGUAUGUGACCAGAUUUUCACCGCUAAAGGACUUCUUGUUAAACGGCAGCAUCCGAGCAUUUGUCCGUUGGGUACUGUAAGUAAACAAAAAAGGAAAUGAAAUAUGAAUUGUUUUAUUUAUCUUGUGUGAUGAAAAAGGAAAUCCUUGUUAUUUUUAAAAUUAUAUUUGCAUUUUGUUUUUAUUGAUGUUGAAAAGUUUGGCAGAACCAUGUUACCACAGAACCUGAGAGACCUGUACAGAAGCUCAUAACUGCUAAAAAGAGAAUGCAUUUAUUUAUGGUGACGGUAACUGCAUCACCACGGCCUUUCUUCACAGAAUCUUCUCAUCAACAUAAAUUACAGUAUUCAAGUCAAAUUAUUAUUAUUGUCAUAGGCAAAUAAUAAUGUUUACAGCUGCAGGAAAUAAAUAUAAGGUGGCAAAGCAUAGCUUAGCAGUGUUUUCCUUGAGAAAAUGGUUUAUCUUCAAUAAUGGAGAGAGUUAGAAGUGUAGUUAGCUUUCUGUUAGCCAAAAAAGGUCAUUAGCUCAGUAUUAGCAUCAGUAAAGUAGUCGGCUUAACAUUAUCCCUUAAGAGUGGUUAGUUUACCAGGCAGUAGUAACUAAACAAUCUGACCUGAGGAGAGCUAGCACUAGCUUAGCUUCUUCUUAUUGGGGAAAGUAGUUAUAUUAGUUGUCGUUCAAACUGUUUAUACACAUAUAUACACAUGUAUAGAUAUGUGUAUAUAUGUAUAUGUAAAUAUAAAUACAUAUGUGCAUUUUUAUACAUAUAUUUCUAUAUAUGUAUAUACACUCUCUAUAUAUGUAUAUGGAGUAUGUAUGUAGAGAGAGAGACAACAGCAAUUUACUAACAGUAAGCAGUAGUAAGAGCUGUAGUUUAACUGUUUUUUUGUCUCCUUUUGCUUUUGUUUUGAGAUUAUAGUCAUAAAAUGUUGUCUUUGUCAUUAAAACAAACAAAAAGAUCAUUUGGAAACACUUUUGAAUCUACAUUAGUAGCAUAAUUGACCUCAGUGCUGGUCCUCAUGAUGAUCCUGAUUUUUUGCAGUUAUGAGGUUCUCUAUAUGAUCAUAUUGAAAGAAAGAACAAAAUGGUCAUUUGGAUUCAUGUGGGUUCACAACAAACAAACAAAAAUACAGACUUUACACAAAAAAAGUUGAGUGAUUGAUCGUUCACUGGGUUUUGUGAUCAGACAAAUCAUUUUUUUCUGACUUAGAAGCCUGUUUUUUCACCAACCAAUUAUUCUGUUCUUUUAUAUGGUAUUUUUUUAAAAUGUCAGUAAGAUUUAGGCUAUUUAUUUAUUUAUUUAUUCAAGAUUCAGAACAGAUUUUAGUACAAAUUGGAAACUAAAAAAUGUGGCAAAAAUAAUCCAAGACCGUUUCAUUCAGACUGUAUAUGUUAUCAUCUUCCAACCACUACUUUAGGGGUUGAACUCUAGCUGCCUGCUGAUGUUCCUCUGUGCAAGGCACUUCACCAGAUUAUUAUGCCUCCACCGCCAAGUGUCGGUCACAUUCCCAAAGAAAUAGAAACAGAAUGAGUGUAUGAGGUAAAAACCUGUGCCAAGAAUCGCAAAUAGAGAUUAUUUGUUGCAACCACUGUAGUUGAAGCAGCAGAAAGAAAAUGAUAAACCUGCGUGAUCUUGGCUAUGACUUUAAGAGUCACACUUUCAGUGAUAUGGAUAACAUAUUUCAAUUGUGACAUUCAUGUUAUGCAGUAACUCUGCAUAUCUGUGGGAAACCACGUCUUGUGUUCUGGAUGGUGUUAUUUUAUUUGAACUUCUGAAGGACGAGGCAAUAAAAUCAAUGAAAUGUUUAAAAGAUAUUUUUAUACCUGGGAUUUUUCUCUGCAAUAUGUUCUCAGAUCAGUUUGACUGAAGCUCACACUGCAGUAUUAUCAUUAUUAUUAUUAUUAUUGAAAUGGACAUUAUUAUUACUAUUGCUAUUAUAAAUAAAGCCAAUUCCAAUGUGA